AUGCCACCGCCAGAAUCCAUUUCUGCUGGUAGCAUCGAUUCAAUAAAAAAAAGUAGACAAAUUAAAGAAUUAAAAUUAGCAAUGGCUUGGAAUAAAUUUGAUUUAGUCAUAAGUAGUAUGUUAAAUGAUAAAAUCAUAACGGAAUGGACGGAAAAUGAAUUAGAUCAAGGAUUAGAACAUGCAUUAUAUCUGGGUUCUGUAGGAUUUACAGAGUUAUUAAUUAACUAUGGUGCAUCGUUUAACAGACUAAGAAGACUAAUUAAAAUGAAGAAAUAUUAUCGAAAUAUUAAAAAUCCCGAUCUUUUACCGUUGGGUGAGGAUGAUAAUAUUGGAAAGGAUGGUAGACAGUAUAAGUACUAUACAAUAUAUUUGGAUAAAAAGGGCAAAUUAGCUUUUGAACAGGAAGAUUUUGAACAGAGGAAAAGGUUUCCUGGGGAUUCUGUUAAUAGAUAUGGUUCAAUCCAUGGUAUCGAAGUACCGGGUCAUGUUCUUUGUCGUAAUGUGGUAUUUAGUAGAAUGGAUGCGGUUUGCAUGAAUGGUUAUAUCAGCAACGUUUCAGUAAAAUUUCAAACAGCACAAAAUGUGAACGAACGUGAAACAAAAAUUUGGCUAUAUGUCCUAUCAUCAGCAGAUGAGGACAAAUUUAACAUCCUAUAUCGAUGUCAGCUAACUUUACCGAAGGCGGAAGGCGUUGAGAAAAUGAUUGAAAUUCCAGAUUCAAGUGUUUAUUUAGAAAUCGGACAGUUCCUUGCAAUAGGUUUUGAAGGUGGUCAGCACCAAUGUGGAUACCAUUAUGGUGUCCAUACUCGUAAAUCAAAUAUUGCUCCCAUAAAGGAAGUGGACAAGGGCUAUGAAAACGGUCAGCCAGUAGAGUUUAAAGAAGAAGAGGAAGGUGUUACAUUCAGCUUUACAUUGAUACCAGUGCAAGGUAAAAUGGUCUUAGAGAUAAUAAUAUGAAUCUUAACUAAUGUGCUCUUUGCCCUUCUUUUUUUCAGACUUUAUUCGAGAUCUACUUUGCUGGUCUCUCUUUUCAAGUCAAAACAAUAUAGCAACAUUUCUAUGUUCUAAAACAGCGGUAAU